AGACGAUCCCUCAACACGACGCCGUGACACUGUAUUGACAUCGUCGACUUACCGUCGUCUGUCCGCGAGACUCGCGCUCGUCGAUAUAAUAAUAUAUAAUAUUAUAUAGUAUAAUAACUGCGAUCGUUAUUCUUGUACGGGAAAAACAUGCGGUCGACGGGAAUCGCGUCCGUGUGCUUACUGCUGCUGGCGAGUCGCGCGGCGGGACACGCGAUCGGCGAAAACCGCGGCGCGGACUACGAAGACUCGUCCGGAAUCGACGUAGACCGCAAGAGAGACGCCUCGCACCAGCCGAGGGUUUUGGACAUGGAGUCGAUAUUCGCGGGUUUCGCCAAGUCGAUGAUCAGCCGGACUGGAGCCACCAGUAGUCAAAUGCUCAGUUUAAACAUGUCGAACGUGGUACUUAUGCUGGUUCUCAAGGGACUUAUCUGGGGAGCGUCGUACAUGCAAGGGCACGGUGGUAAAGGCCGAAAGGAUGGACCAGAUUCGGCGGGCUUGGCCGGGAGCGGAUUUUUACAGAACAUGGUCUCCGAGACGGACUUGCUGUUGUUCCUUGGAUAUUUAGUGGCUGAUGAGUCAGGUCGCUACGACUGUCUGAAUCGCGUGGCGUGUGAGCAACCGGCUAAAGCGGAGAGCUACUUGAGGAGCGCCGAAAUGCUCUUGAAAACGGCGAAGUUACUGGACGCCGUGGUGCCGGUAGACGCGAAAUACGAGCAAAUGUUGAUCAAAUUGCAAGAAGCCAUUGAAGACGGCCGGGCGGACGGAGAUUGUCAGGCCAAAUACAGAUGCUCCGAGUCGACCAGCAACGAGGAUAACUUUAACCUGAUUUAAAGUGUAAAGAUAUUGAGAGUUUAUAUAGUCGUAGGUAUACUAUGGUUUUUUUUUUGUUUAAGAUAUAUUUUGCCGAAUUUUAAGUCUGAUCAACGCAAACGCUGUGCGCAGUCAUUGUAUAGGAAAUUGGAUUGUUAUUUACGCAAUAACGCACGUACAACAAUAGUAGUAAAUAAUUAUGUUUUAUAUAAUAGCAAAUUUUUUUUUCAAAAAUAUUUCAUUUUUAUUCAAUGUACUUAUAAUAAUCGUACUUAUUACUUAUGCUAUUUGAUGAACAAUGACCUCAUUCAAAAUAAAAAUGCUAUUAUUAUAUCGAUCUGCACGUUAAUUUCUAUUGUAGACCAUAACGAUUAAUGUAUACCAACUAUUGUAUCUAUACGAUUUUCAUUAAUUAAAUUCAUCAUCUGACCUAUAUCCAAGUACAACUAUAUAUCUGAAAUAUAGAGAGUAUUGUUUUUUUUUUAUAUAAAUAAUAUUAACUUGUAUAUUGUA